CUCAAGUACUCCUUACGGAUUAUUUGAGAUGUCUUUCAUCCGAAGUCAGGACAAAACUGGUGGACGAAGCCUACGUAGACCAACACAACUUAGCUACUUUCAGCAGGAAGGCCCUAGACAUAGAGGCAAAGCUGGGAUCCGCACAUCAGGUAUCACAUGAUGGUAGGAAGAGACUUCCCCAGGAGUGGAAGAAGUAGGGUCAGUUGAUGUUCGUUGACCACAAUGGUCAAACAACGGAGAUUGACGAUUUCCCAGAUCUUGGGGAGGUGACAGAGCAGGAUGGGGCCAGCGAGACUUUGGAUGGGGGAGUUGUGGCUAUCAAAGAAAAGGCUAGGGGGACCGGGAAGAAGAAGGUAGUACGGUCCACGGGUCAGGGCGACCAAGGAACACCCGCAUGGGUAAAACUUGGUUUAGAGUAUGAGGUGUGGAGAGACAGAGUUGCUCGGGGCACAUGCAUGAACUGUGGCAAUUAUGGCCACACGUCUAGAACGUGCCGAGGCAAGAAAUUCUUGACGAGGGUAGCCGCACCAACGGUGGUGGGACUAUCUUCGAACUCUGGCGGUGCUUCUGCGAGCACUUCGCAGGGAAACACCUCGCGCCAGACCUUGGACGAGGGAGAAGAAAGACGGCUUCGUGCCGAACGUAGAGCCCGUGCUCUAGCAGCAGGACUACAGGAAGCAAACAGAGUAGCAAGAGAGCGGGCAACAGCAGCCAGAGCAGCAGCAAUGGCUAAUGGUACCAGCUCUGCUGCGUCAUCGUCUGCGUCCUCGUCAGGGACUAGUGGGCCUCAGUUGAGAAUGCCUCUGAAUUCCACGUCGGGCACUUUCGGUUCAACAGGGUCUAGACAGUCUUCUAGUCAAAUGGCGGGCUCACAGUUCAGCCCGUUGACUCCAAGUAAGAGGGAGCUCAGAGAGAUCCAGCAGGUCGAAAGGCUCCACCAACAGUUAGAGGAGGAUCUGAAGAAAGCAACCGAUAGAGAAAAAGAGAUAAAAAGUAGAGCAGCCAGACUUGAUACGUUAGAGGCUGACAAGGCUGCGUUAGAGGGAUUGGACGAAUCGAGUUUGUCUGACACCCUGAAAGUGUUGAGGGACAACCUGUUGUCACUGCAUGCGCACGUAGACAGCAGGAUGGACUUCAUGCAAAACACUUUGGACCAGAUCCUGGAUGCAUUGACAAAGCCAGGAUUCCAGCCACCAGCUCAGUCGCCGUUGCCAUUAACGGCGAUGUAGGCCCCUUUGCCGUACAAGCUGGCACACAGCCAAGUGGCACAUCUGCAGCAGCAGCACAGACUGUUGCAUCUUCUUCUUCGGGUCCAGUGGUGAUUGCUGCAUCACCACAACAACCUGUUCAGCCAACUGGACAGCCGCAAGGUCAAUGGUAUCCCAAGACCCCAAUGAAACCGCCUCUUGCCU